UCCAGAUUUAGAAAUCAAACUCAUCUCACCAUCAUCAAACUCUUGAGGGAAAAAAAGAGGCAGAUCUACAACUCAGAAAAUGUCAACGGAAAGCAUUACGAGUUCCAACUGGGCUCUCUUGGAGUCAAUCCGUCAGCAUCUGCUAGACGACGAUUUUGAAAACCAGGCAACGUUUUUGGUCAGUGCCGCUGAAGAUGAUGCACCGUUGUAUGAUUGUGCUCCAAGUACUUCAAGCUCUAGCCAUGCUCACUUUGGUGUAGAGGGCUGGGGUGACACAAUUGCAAUCUUGGACCAUGAUUUGGAUGUCAAGGUGGAGGCGCGUGUAAACCACGCGCCGCCAAGUGGCCGACAUUUUCGGGGAGUGAGGAGGCGACCGUGGGGGAAGUACGCGGCGGAGAUUAGGGACCCAAAGAAGAACGGGGCGAGAGUGUGGCUCGGGACCUAUGAGACUGCUGAGGAUGCCGGCUUGGCUUAUGACCGAGCUGCUUUUAAAAUGCGUGGCUCCAAGGCUAAGCUUAAUUUUCCUCACCUUAUUGGCUCACAUGAUUCGGAGCCCGGUCGUGUGGCUCCCAAGCGUGGCUCGCCGGAGCCAUCCUUUUCGUCAGCCACAUCGUCUGAUGAUGGCGGAUGCCCGACGCUUAAGAGGAGAAAGAGUGGAGUUGACUCGGCGGCUAAAGCCAAGUUGGAAGAAGCAGCUGAACAGUUUCACGUGUUUCAAGUGGAGUCAUUAACACUCGGCGGCCAGCUGUUUGUCGACGAGUUGUACACAUAUGACGAACUUUUGGCCAUCUGAGUACUUGGAUUAUUCAUUUUGGUUUUUUUGUAGUUCUUUUUUUCAGGUCAGAUUUUUUUUUUUUUUUAGUUGGACAUAAUAAAAGUAAUUUUCGGAAACAAAAUUGACAAUCUUGCAGUGUAUUAGGGUUGGAGAAUUAGCAGAGCAUCUUUACAAAAGGGAAAGAUCGUCAAACUAGCCCAAUAUAUAUAUCUUUUAUCAAUGUGCAUAUGUCCUUCAACUUUGUCCUUUCA